AUGGCGUCCGCAGCUCUGGAGCUGAUGGGCUUCUUCCUGGGCCUGCUGGGAAUGCUGGGCACCAUGGUGGCCACCGUGCUCCCGUACUGGCAGAUCUCCGCCCACAUCGGCUCCAACAUCGUCACGGCGGUGGCCAACAUGAGGGGCCUGUGGAUGGAGUGCGUCUACCAGAGCACCGGGGCCUUCCAGUGCGAGACCUACAACUCCAUGCUGGCCCUGUCCUCCGACCUGCAGGCCUCUCGGGCCCUCAUGGUCAUCUCCCUGGUGCUGUCUAUACUCGCCGUUGCCAUGGCGGCCCUGGGGAUGCAGUGCACGCUCUGCCUGGAGGGCGCCGGCGUCGUAAAGAGUCGCGUGGCCGGCGCCAGCGGGGGGUUGUUCCUCACCGCGGGCUUCCUGUCACUCAUACCGGUGUCGUGGACCACGCACGAGGUGGUCCAGACCUUCUACCGACCCAACGUGCCCUCCAGCAUGAAGUUCGAGCUGGGGGAGUGUCUGUUUGUGGGUCUGGCCUCCGCGCUCAUCUCCAUGCUGGGGGGCGGGAUGCUGUGCGUGUCGUGCUGCGACCAGCAGGGCGGCGGCGGCGGGGUCCGCGGGAGGCGGCAAGCCGGGGGUUACCCGUACCCGGUGGGAGGCGGCGUGCCGGGCGCGGGGGCACGGACGACCUCGCAGACCUACCACAACCCCACCCUGCAGGCGGGGGCCGCCGACGCGGCCGGCAGGGUCCGCAGUACCAGCCACAGCUCCCAGUCCACCGCACCGGGAGCCAGGAAGCCCGCCGCGCCAGGAUAUGACAUCACAGGAUACGUCUGA